AUGAGCCAUCGUUCCGUGACAUACAGCCCUCCACCAGGGCCACCAAACACAGCUAACACACAUGCUACAGUUGCAAGGGGUCUAGUCGUGACUCAAGAAAGAGAUAAGGAGCAGGAGGAAAGACUUGCCAGAGCCCUGGAAAUUAUAUCCGCUUCAAUGCUGCCCCCUCAACACACCAUCGACCAAAUCCGGAAACGGAUAUACUCAUACCUCCUAGGAGAUAAUCAGGUAGAAACUGUUCAUAUAAAUGAAGUCAAGGACAUACCUCGCUGGAAACGACUCAUCAUCUAUCUGAUGGGACCCCCAUUGGACGGGCUGAGAUCUUUUUCUCAGUACGUCAUCCUGCAAAUACACAUAUUAUACAAUGUGACGCUGAUGAUGGUGUCAAUUGUGUCGACCCCACCGUUAAUAUUCUACGUUGUGGGGUUUGUGCUAUUCUGGACGAAAGUGGUGUACGAGAUGUACAGAGAUGUCGUUCACAGAGACGAUCAAUUCCACACCUCAUUUCUCAGUCGCGAGCUGGCUUUGAUGGCCACUAUUUCGGCGUCCUAUGGCGUUGUGAUGAAGUUCAAGACCGAGGCAGGUAUCAUCACAGAAGCAUGGUGGUCAACCCUGACAUAG